CAAAUAAAUAAUUUUAGUAGGGACUUCCCCAAUUUUAGACAUAUUCGCCACCAAAGAUACAGCAGUUUUUUCACAGCUUCCGUGGGUACCGUAGCUUUUCUUCAUUUAAUGUUGCAGAAAUUUCGUGUUCAGUUGUUAAAAUGUCUCAAGAAGGAACUGAUCCAUCUGUGGCAUAUAGACAAGGCCUAACUGCAGCCAUUGGUGCAGUGUGUGUGGAAAACGGCUGCGAGUUUGUUCGAAAGUCCGCACUGGAGACAUUGACAGAAAUUGCACAAAGCUAUUUAACAGAGAUAGCCAGAAGUACUCGCCAAUACUGCGAAAUAGGAGGACGAAGUCUUCCAACACUUCUUGAUAUUCAAACUGCAUUAGCUGAUGCAGGAUUCAAAUUCAAUACACUGCCUGACUUUAUAAGAAAUAAGCGAAGAGUUUCCAUUGGUGAAGUUUCCAAGACAACAUCUUCACAAAAUCCAAAUGUUCUUCUUGUCGGUGAACGAAGAAACUUUCCAACACAUAUUCCGGAAAAUUCUACCUAUCCUAAAUUUCCAGAUCCUCAUACUUAUGUUAGGACAUUGACAGGACAAGAGCCUGAAAAUAAUUAUGGUCUAUUGCGAGAAAGGGGUUCAUCACAGAGAUGGGAUGUUGAAAGAGCUCUUACAAGAUUCAUUGCAAAGACUGGUUCAAGUCAUGCACUACUUCCUGAUGACAAAUCUGCUUUUCCAUUGAUUGCUGCAGUUCCUCCUGCAAUUCCUUACUUAUCUGCUCUACUGCCUUGUGAGAAUGACUUGGCUGAGAAAUUAGAAAAAGAAGCAGCUGCUGAGAAUAAUGCAGGAAAACAAAAUGUACGACAAAACAAAUCAUCUAGCCAGAAAAGAGUAGCUGAUGAUUCCAAGUCGAAUGAGAGGACUCCUGAUAAUAUUGAUAAUCCGUACCUACGGCCAGCAAAAACACCUAAAUUGAAGAAGAGUAGAAGAUGAUACUACCUAUUACUAAUGGCAAUUUUCCCUAAAGAGGAAGGAGAUGAAAUUCUGUCAAUGAAGUAUUAAACCAAGAGGCUUUUGUGUGUAGACUCCAAUUGUUCGAUGCUGUUAAACGACAGCAAUUCUUAAAACAAUCCAAAAACUACAAAAUGUUUAUAAGGAUAUUUUCUCACUUUAUAGAGAUAUGCUCCAUUGGUUUGAUAUAAAGUUGUGUGCCUGACAAAUUAUUCAAAAUGUUUACUCUUAACCAUUGUCGAGUACAAGCCCAAGUCAAUUCACAGCAGAGUUGCAAGUCUAGCUAGAGAUGGUAGAUUUCAUAUGCAACAUUUUAGUGAAUAAUAAAGCCAACAAUGAUCCUCACCGCUUUGCCACUUUCUUGUACAGAAAAUUUAUUAGAUCCAAGAAUCAGAAACAUAAAUUUUCAAUCCGCAUUUGAUAGUGUUAUAGCUGUACAUGAGGUGGUCGGUGCCUGUUAUUUGCAUUUUUGAUUCAAGAUAUUCAUAAAAUUUAAUAAAGUUUUCAUUAAUUGCAAA